AUGGCGCUUCUGAAGUGGAACAAGCGGGGCCCCAAUAUGGAACGUAUGCUUGGGCGCCGGCUGCGACCACCACCCCUUCGGCCAUCCGGCAAAAUCACAGGCAGAGACCAGCGCAGACCAACAACGCAACAGACGAAAGAGGGGGUUCUGGGAGAAAAGCGAGAAGGCGAGAAAGAAACAAAGGCGAGGCGUUUAUUUUCAAAAGCGCCGAACGACCAUUCCUCAGAACCAAAACGGGCCAUUGCAAGGGAGUCCCCCACCCUAUUUGGGGUGCUCCGCAACACGAGGCGGGAAGGCAAAGAACCAUUUGGAGAGCACCCCCAUACCCCUUUACCCGUUUGUGUGAUGAAUUCCGCCGCUUUGUUUUCCCAUUGUGGCGUUUUUUUUUUCUUGCGAAUGCCUUCGCUCCGUAUAUCUUUGGCCCUUUUCGUUCUGCUGCUGUUUUAUCUGUCUUUUGCCCCCGUGGCGGCCUGCAAUUGGCAUUGGCGGCGUUAG